UCUGUUAGGAAAUGCCUUUGUCACACCAUCUGGAUAAUGGCAUUUCUGUGCUGCGCCAAAAACUCUAAAUGGGAAGAUGGGAAACUCGUGUUAUUAUAUUCCUCUUUAAUUUACAAAUAUCAUGACAUGACUGUGAGACAUCGCUGUAUCUAGGGGGAUUUGUAUUUAGCUGAGCCUGCUACAGUAGCCAGCAAAUGAUUAUAAAUAAUGAUUGACAGUAUGUAGUCUAACUCAACACUUAACUACUAAAAACUCAUUUAAAUAUCAAUAAAUAAAGGUCAAUUUACUUGUUUUUCACUGUCCAGUGUAAGUACAAGUGGUGCAUUUGACUUGCAAACUCAUCACAUGAUCAGCGUAUCACACCCUGAUCUGUUUCACCUGUCUUUGUGCUUGUCUCCACCCCCCUCCAGGUGUCGCCCAUCUUCCUUCUUAUCCCCAGUGUAUUUCUACCUGUGUUCUCUAUUUGUCUGUUGCCAGUUCGUCUUGUCAGGUCUUACCAGCGUGUUUUCCCGUCUCACUGCUUUCUCAAGUUCUGUUUCUCCGGUUCUGACCAUUCUGCCUGCCCUUACCCCGAGCCAGCCUGCCGUUCUGUACCUGCCUGACUCCGACCCGUUUACGAACCUCUGCCUGUCCUGACCCCGAGCCUGCCUGCUGUUCUGUACCUGCCUGACUCCGACCCGUUUACGAACCUCUGCCUGUCCUGACCCCGAGCCUGCCUGCUGUUCUGUACCUUAUUGACUCUGCCUUGGAUUACAGACCUCUGCCUGCCUUUAACCUGUCUUUUGCUUGCCCCCUGUUUGGGUCUAUAAACAUCUGUGACUCUAGCUGUCGGCAUCUGGGUCUUAUCCUGAGUUCUGAUAGAGCAACUCCUCAGCCACUAAAAACUACUUCGGGUCGUGGAAUUUCAGAGAUUUUCAAAAUAAAAGUCCCCCACAUAAUAGUAGAAAAUUGUAAAUGACCAUUCAUAAUACAGUAUAUGAGAAAUUAUUGUCUAAACAUUAACAAUGAUUCAUAUUUGUUCAUAUUUAAUUGACAUUUAUAUUACAUUUGUGUUUUAAAACAUGUUCCAAGUUUAAAUAAAUGCCCCCAAUGUGAAACACUGUAUAUGGAAUGUAUAUGGAACGGCUCACAAUAAUGGCCAUAACAGAGCAAAUGUAAUGGCAUCAACCACCUAGAAAACAUGUGUUUGAUGUAUUUGAUACCAUUCCACUGAUUCCGCUCCUGUCCUUACCAUGAGCCUGUUCUCCCCAAUUAAGGUGCCACCAACUUCCUGUGAUGGAAUACAUAUUGACUUAGAGCAAUAACUAUUCUGGGUGCAGCAGUAAAAGUAUUGUAGGGAAUACUCAGUAGGGUCUGUAGAAUGUACAGUGCCUUCGGGAAAGUAUUCAGACCGCUUGACUUUUUCUUCAUUUUGUUACUUUACAGCCUUAUUCCAAAAUGUAUUAAAUCGUUUUUUUUCUCAUGAAUCUACACACAAUACCCCAUAAUGACAAAGCAAAACCUGCUAAUUUAAAAAAAGAAAGAAUUACAUUUACAUAAGUAUUCAGACCCUUUAAUCUAUAAAUGUAAUUUUUGAAGUGGUUACUGUUGCACGAAGGCUGUUACGGUUAUGGGUCAAUGUUUUACAACUGGCUCACUUCUGAAAGGGGUAAAGCAACAGUCACAUGGGAAAAUGUGACAUUCUUAAUCUGGUGUGCCUCGGCCAGGUCAACAGGAUUUUUUGGGGUUCUUGUCUAGGUCUGAUAAACGCACACCCUGUUUUAGGAAAUCAAAUACAGCCAAGUGGAGAAAUCACGUUGUUGUAUUUUGAGUGUAACAGCCACAUGCUAUGCAAACACAGAGUAGAUGAACAGCUUAUUUAUGUCAAUAUCAGGGGGAUUGGCGACUGGGGCCAUGUGGAAGCGCCUGUCCACAUAUAUCUGCAUCUUCCUCCUGCUGACCCUGACAGUCCUUGUCUUCCUUUUACGCAACAACAACAUUCUGGAGUGGAAAUUGGACCCACACAGGAUCCACUCAGAGGGCCCUCCUCCCCUGGACCGCGAGCGACACUUCUGUAGCCACUUGGGUACAAAUCCCUCACCUGAGGAGGCUCUGGAGGACCGUUACCUCCUGGAGUCCAUCGCCUGGCCAGAGCCUCAGCCAUGGUCCAAGUCUUCACCCCUGCACCAGACCAGUGACCCUGCACACAGCCUGUUUGCAAUUCUCCCUGCAGGGGGUAGGAGAGAGUGGCACGUGGGGGACCAGCUGAAGGCUCUGGUCAUUAUGAAAGAUUUCCAGGGACUUCCCAAGAGCCAUGGCGGGGACUUCUUGCUGGCCCGGCUGCACUCCCCAGAGCUGGAGGCGGGUGUUGCAGGACAUGUGGUGGACCACGGGAAUGGGACUUACUCUGCCAUUUUUCCAUUACUGUGGGAGGGGUCUGUAUGGGUGGACGUGACAUUGGUCCAUCCUAGUGAGGCAGUUCCUGUUCUACGGCGCUUACGUGAUGAACACCCCGACAGGGUGCUUUACAAGAGCCUGUUUCGCUCUGGAUUACUGUCUGAGACCACCAUGUGUAACCUGUGCCUGCCAACUAACCAGCAGCCGCUGUGCAAUUACACAGACCCCCACACAGGUGAACCCUGGUACUGCUACAAGCCCAAGCUGCUGCUGAGCUGUGAUACACGGAUCAACCACUUCAAGGCAGGCUACCAGAAAGAUCUGAUAACCAAGAAAGAAGCACUGCUUUUCCAAAGUGGCGUAAACCUCAAAACACGUAUUCAUGCUAAGGCGUAUGACAGUGUCACUGUGCUACCUAAGAAAAAAGACAAACAAGAGGUGGAAAGCAACAGUGAAAAGGCAGCGCCUAUCAGAACCACAGCCUCUGGGUAUUACUUCCAAGGGUCAUGGCGGGGGCUGGGUGGUGUCGUGAUGCACCAGUUUAACGACCCCACUGCCAUUACUCAGUGUCUGAAGGGCAAGUUGGUGUACAUGUAUGGAGACUCCACCGUCAGACAGUACUACGAGUUCCUCACCAGCUUCUUGCCAGAGCUGAGGGAGUUCAACCUUCAAAGUCCUGUGAGCGCAGGGCCCUUCAUGGCAGUGGACAUCCCCCAUAACAUCCUGCUGAAGUACCGGAGCCAUGGUCCCCCCAUCUCCUGGACCCCUAUCAGCGUCAGUCAACUGCGCUAUGUAGCUAACGAGCUGGAUGGCCUUGCCGGGGGCUCAGACACUAUUGUCGUCAUCAGCAUUUGGGCUCAUUUCAGCACCUUCCCUGUGCAGGUCUACAUUCGCCGACUACGCCACAUUCGAAGGGCGGUGGUGCGGCUUCUGGACCGGGCUCCGAAGACCGUGGUAGUGGUGCGCUCAGCCAACCUCCGGGCCCAAAGCCUACAGGAGAGCCUCAUCUUCAGUGACUGGUUCUCAGUGCAGUUGGACGGGGUACUCAAGGCUAUGUUCAGGGGCCUGAAUAUCUUGUUAGUGGACGCCUGGGAGAUGACCCUUGCCCACCACCACCCUCACAAUAUCCACCCAUGUCCUCCCAUCAUCAAGAACAUGAUAAACACUAUCCUCUCUCACGUCUGCCCAGUGAAGAACUAGC